AAAAACUUUAAUGAACGAAAGGAAAUAACACUUUAAGGUGGUAAUAUAUAGAAUUACACGGUUGUGGUGGUGUGGUCUACCAUCCUGGAUCAGCUGACGGAGCAUCGCGAGAAGAGGAUCCGAUCUCACUUUAAGAGGUUCUAACACCAGACUUAAUCAGCCACAAUGGAGGAAGAUACAGAAUACCUCAAGUUGCCUCUGGAAGACCGCUGUGUACACAAGUUAUGGAAGGCCCGUCUCAAUGGUUAUGAAGAAUGCACAAAGUAUUUCCCAAAGAUUACAGAUGAGCGAUCUCCAGAGUUCAAUAAAUUCGCUCCUCUUAUGAAAAAAUUUGUUACAGAUAGUAAUGCUGUUGCUCAAGAAAAAGCCUUGGAUGCAGUCUUGGCAUUUGUGGAGAAUGCCCAUGUGGCUAGCAGAACAGCAGGUGACUGCACAUCUGGUGUUGUCCAAAAGUGUUUGGCUGCUCCUAAGCGAGGGACACAGGAAAAGGCAUUGGAAAUCAUUCUAAUGUAUUGUGAAAUUGAGAAGUAUGAAAUAGUUCAAGAAGAACUCAUGAAAGGUUUCUCUCAAAAGAAUCCAAAAGUUGUUGCAGGAUGUGUACGAGCAUUAACUACAGCUUUAAGGGAAUUCGGACCAAAAGUGAUCAGUCCAAAACCAUUAAUGAAACAGGUGCAUACAUUACUAGAAGACAGAGACAAAAAUGUGAGAGAAGAGGGGAAAAAAUUGGUUAUAGAAAUGUACAGGUGGAUCCGACAGGCAUUAAAACCUCAAAUGUCUUCUCUUAAGCCAGUUCAGGUUCAAGAACUGGAGGCAGAGUUUGAAAAGCUUGGGGGUGAAAAAGUGGUUCAGACUCGCUUCCUACGAUCUCAACAAGAACUCAAAGCGAAGAUUGAGGCUCAAGCAGAUGGAGAUGAUGAUGAAGAUGAGGAAGAGGAGGAAGAAACACCACAGAUAGAUCCAUUUGACUUAAUGGAUCCAGUCGACAUUCUUUCCAAACUCCCAAAAGACUUCUAUGAAAAGGUUGAAGCAAAAAAGUGGCAAGAACGCAAAGAGGCUGUAGAGUUACUACAUCCACUAACACAAAACAUAAAACUGGAGGCGGGUGAUUACCAUGACCUUAUGAAGGUCUUGAAAAAGAUGAUUGCCAAGGACACAAAUGUGAUGAUAGUAGCCCAGGCAGGCCAUUGUGUUGCUGGUCUUGCAAGAGGAUUAAAAAAGAAAUUCUCUCCCUUUGCGCAAUUAUUCACCGAGACAAUCCUGGAGAAGUUUAAGGAGAAGAAGGUCAACGUGGUCAGUGCCAUGCGUGAAGCCAUCGAUGCUGUGUACCAAACGACAACCUUAGAAGCCAUUCAGGAGAUAGUGAGUACAGCGCUGACCAACAAAAACCCCCAAGUGAAGGCUGAGACCACUGCUUUCUUGGCCAGAUCCUUGUGCUACUGUACCCCAGCUAUACUCAACAAAAAGAUGCUUAAAGUCAUCACUGCAGACUUAUUACGAGGGCUGAAUGAAUCAGAUCCCACUGUACGUGAUAAUUCUUGUGAAGCUCUGGGUGUGGCUUUGAGAGUGGUGGGGGAGAAACAGAUGAUGGUAUCCAUUGCUGAUGUGGACAACUUAAAAAUGCAAAAGAUCCGAGAAGCGUCAGAAAAGGCAGAGAUAAAGGUAAAGAUUUCAGCCCCCAAAGCCAAAAAGGCAGCUCCUAGCAAGAGGGAAGCACAUGUUGCAGAGGCUGCAGCUUCUGGCCCACGGAAGGUAGUCAGGGGAGGAGGUCGGCGGGCACCAUCAUCCGAGUCUGCUAAAGGAAAGAAAGCUACAGCAGGAAGAGGUAGUAAAGGUGGGGGAGGGGGUGGUGGAGGAGGUAGAGGCCCUCCUGUAGAAGAGUGUAAAGAAGCAGAAAUCUCAAUAGAAGAAGCCUUAGAGAAAGCUACAGAAGUCUUACCUGAAGAUGUUGUAAAUGGACUCACAGAUUCUAACUGGAAGGCUCGGUUAACUGCUGUGGAAUCCUUCACUGAGACAGUAAGGAUGAUGGAUUGCAGUGAAAUUCCCACCCAGGCAUUAGUGAGAGUCCUUGCUCAGAAGCCAGGUUUUAAAGACAACAAUUUCCAAGUCCUCAAACUAAGGCUUGAGGCACUCAAACAUCUUGCUGAAAAUUCUGAUUUUACGAGACGGUCAGGAGAAGUAUGCAUACAAGAUCUUGUAGAAAAGCUGGGAGAUCCCAAGAAUGGACCAUUAUGUGGAGAGGUCCUUCUUGCCAUGGCUGAGGCGGCCAAGCUACAGUGGGUCGGCCCAGAAGUCAUGACCCGAGCAUUUGAACAAAAGAGUCCCAAAGUUCAAGAAGUUGCACUCAAGUGGCUUUCAGAUGCUAUCACAGAGUUUGGUUUUGUUUUACAGCCAAAGGCUCUCAUCAGUGACAUUAAAAAGGCUCUAGGACAUACUAACCCAGGUGUACGGACGGCUGGUGUCAGUCUUUGUGGCACAAUCUACCUGUACAUGGGUGCCACUCUCCGAGUCUUCUUUGAAGAUGAAAAAGCUGCUCUCCUUCAGCAGAUUGAUACAGAAUUUGAAAGGCUAAAUGGCACGAGUCCCCCUGCUGCUACCCGAGGUAUUAACCGAGAUGGCAGUACUGACAACGAUGGAGAAGAUGAUGACGUCGACUCAGGACAAGCAGUCAUCAAUGUUCAAGACUUAGUGCCACGAACUAACGUCAGUGAACAACUCACCUCCACUCUUUUCAGUGACUUGGCUGAUAAGAACUGGAAGGUAAGAAAUGAGGCCCUGGUAAAAGUGUCCAAUAUUAUAUCAGAGGCCAAGUUUAUCAAGGGGGAUAUUAGUGAACUACCUACUGUCCUCGCUGCUCGUAUGAAUGACAUGAACAAGAACUUAGCCCUGGAGGCUCUGCGGAUAACAGCAUCUCUUGCUGUUGCUCUGGGCCCUCACUGUAAACCUCACACAAGAAAUAUUGUUCCCGGAAUGCUGGCUGCCCUAGGAGAUAGUAAGCAAAAUAUUCGGCAACAAGCCAUGAGCACUCUCAACUCUUGGGUUGAACAGGCAGGAGUAAAGGAAACCAUUGAUGGGGAAGUGUUUGCUGAUGCUUUAAAGUCUGGUUCACCUUUCUUGAAAGCUGAACUGUUCCUCUGGAUGGCGGAGAAACUUAAAGAUGCUCCAACGAAAGGUAUAAACAAAGAGGAAUUACAUGCCUGUACCCAAUAUUUGUUCAUGGCAUUGGAAGAUCGUAAUGCUGAUGUAAGAAAAGGAGCCAAUGAAGCUGUUAUGCCAUUCAUGAUCCACCUGGGUUAUGAAGGCAUGCUCAAACACACCAGCAGAGUAAAGCCCUCUUCAAAGAACACAGUGAUGCAAGCUUUGGAAAAGGCUAAGCCCAAUCUACCAGCAAAGCCUCAGCCUAAGCAAAAGGUCAGCACAAGUGGAGGUGGUCCUCCCACGCGUGGAGGAGCACAGGGUGGAGGGGGAGCUUGUAGUGGAGGAAAAGGUACUCCAACUGGCAAGAAGACCCUUAGGGCACCCUCAGCCACAAGAAUGGGCUCUGCUGCUGGACGUAAGGAUUCAGAGGAUGUGGACACCUCCCCGCUCCUUCAAGUUAACAAUCUCAAACAGCAGCGAGCAUCAGACGAGCAGCGCCUCCGUGUUUUACGUUGGGACUUUUCAACCCCUCGGGCAGAGUUCAUAACACAGUUGAAAGACCAGAUGACCACUGCGGGGAUGAACCGGCAGUUGGUCUCAAACAUGUUUCAUCAGGAUUUCAAGUUUCACAUCAAAGCUAUUGAUGCUUUAAAUGAGGAUCUCACUUCAAACUUGCCAGCUUGCAUCGCCAAUCUGGACUUGAUUUUGAAAUGGUUGACGAUCCGGUUCUUCGACACUAAUCCAUCAGUAAUCAUAAAAGCCAUGGACUAUUUGCAGCAAGUUUUUCAGUUAGUGUCAGAAGAUGAAUAUCAUUUGUUAGACACUGAAGCCAACGGUUUCCUUCCAUUCCUAGUCACAAAGUUUGGUGAUCCUAAGGAUUCCAUCAGAGGGCCAGCCAGAAAUAUUGCAAAGUUAAUUUGUAACAUCUAUCCAGCAAGCAAGGUGUCACCAUACAUGUUGGAAGGACUUAAAGCUAAAAAUGCCAGACAAAGAGCAGAAUGCUUGGAAGCAAUAGGUAACUUGAUAGAGGUGUAUGGGAUGCCUGUGUGUCAGCCAUCUCCAGGUGUAGCGCUCAAGGAAAUCGCAAAACAGAUUGCUGAUCGAGACAACUCAGUCAGAAAUGCUGCACUCAAUGGCCUAGUCCAAGUGUAUUUCCGAGAGGGAGAGAAGGUCUUCAAACUCGUCGGAAAUUUAUCAGACAAAGAUAUGAGCCUACUGGAAGAACGCAUCAAGAGAGCAGCAAAGAAUCGACCUGUCAUAAAGAAGCCACCAGUGGAACCUGAAGUGCCAACUGUGCGAGGGGGUGGUGCAGCCAGUGGACGACUGAACCGGGUCAUACCAACACCUGCACAGCCAGCACCAGCUAUUGUUCGAGACAGAGAGAGUAGUGCUGGUGGGGACCAAAGUAGCCUUAUCAAGAGAAGAAUGCAUAGAAACCCCAGUUGGAGCUCUGAAUCUAUGGACAAGAGCCAAGAAGAUUUGAGGUUGUCCCCUCCUGUGUGGCGCAGACCUCCACAGCAUAAUUCCACAGCUGCUGUCUCUAGUAGCAUUAGCAGCCUGAGUAGCAUGAGCAAUAUUAGUAGUCUGGGAAGCUUAAACAGUUUUGACAAUACAAGCUCAAACAGAGGACAGCUAAAGGGAGAUUGGCCUUUACCUCCUUUACAUAGGAGGCCUCACACUUCAGCCACUUUAGAACAAGCGCGUCGCAUAUCCCGCUCUCUUUCUUUUCUCUUGGGAGAGCCAGACUUGGAACCUCUGGCUGAAGAGCCUCCUUCACCUCAUAAUGGGCCUUGUCAUACACUGCCUCCUCUCUCUCCUCACAUGCCUCCUCUUCUCACAAGGACCGUCACUUCGCCUCAGUUCCCUGGGUUGCGAAAUCAACACCAGUCUACUAAUCCUGCCACUCCAUUCAAGAUUGAUUAUGGACUUAUUGAAAAACUCCUGGAGAACGAUAACACAGAUAGACCACAGUACAACAUCGAAGAAAUUCCAGACAUGGCUUCCAUACUCAACUACAAGCCUGUAUGUCCCACUCCUGCCUCUAAACUUACCAGGCCCGGGUUCAGCUCAGUUCCUCGACCUUUAUCCUCGGCCUCACCCAUAGAGUCUGAGGGUGCAGCUCAUGCUAUCAACAUGGUCAUAUCUCAGGUAGGCACUCCAGAUGCCAAUACAGUUAUAACAGCCUUGUCGCAACUGGAUGAGGUAUUGCAGUCAGAGGAGCGGUGUUAUGAGUUAGCGCCCCACAUAGACCAGCUGCUGAUUGUGGCUACACUACAGUAUCGUCUAGUCCUUAAUACAAAAAUGGCCAACCCUAAUGUUAAUAAAGAAGAGUGCAUUAAGAUCUACCGAUCACUCACCAACUGUUUAAUGAUGAUCUUCAAUAACAAACAGCUUGGAACAAAAGCAACUAGAGACGUUCUCCGAGAUGUCGUACACGUUCUCAUUCACAUUCUGUUGGACCCUCGCCUCACCCAGCUGGAGGACGGACCACAGAUCAUCCGUGCCAUUAAUGUACUUGUUGUUCGUAUUGUUGAGAAGGCACAGUUCACUCAUGUUUUUAGCGCCCUUUUGAAGUUGCUCCAUGAGAGUGUUAGUAGCGGAGGUGGGUGCAAGUUCACAGAGUUGGUGAUGAAGUGCAACUGGAAGGUGAUUCGCAUUCUUCCCUCACGCACCAAUGACCUUGACUUAGACCAGAUACUCUUUGAUGUUCACAACUUCCUAGUGGCUUACCCAGUCAACACGUGGUCUGAGCGGCCAUCAGACACACCACUGCGCACAAUUAAAACAGUCAUCCACACCCUCUGUAAAGUAUAUGGCACAACCAUCCUCAGUCACUUCUCCAAAAUUGAUAAUGCUCAUGGUUCUGAACUUCACAAGUACCUUACUAAAGCACUCAAGGAAGACAAACCCAAGACUGAAGAUGAUGGUGGUAUCGGAGACAGUAACAGAUUAGCUGCUGCACAAGUUUCAAAUGAUUCUGCAGAGAGUGGCAAAUCCCCUAAGAGACUAAGCAAAACGGCUCACAACACGUUAUCUGAAAUCUUCCGUAAGAUUGGCUCCAAGGAAAAUACUAAAGAAGGCCUGAUCCAACUGUAUGAGUUCAAGCAGAAACAUCCAGAAGCAGACAUAGAGCCUUUCUUGAGAAAGUCAUCACAAUUCUUCCAGAACUACAUUGAGAGAGGAUUAAAAAGAGUUGAAAUGGAACGACAGGCAGAAGUAAAAAUGACUUCAAAUCCUGCUUCAGAAAGUGGGUCAAACUCGGGACCUUUGGCUUCCAUCCAAGUUCCAGACACCACCAACUUCAACAUGAACGACCUCGUUGAUCAGUUCAAGUCCAUUGCGGCCCGUGCUGGAUUUGACAAUACAUACAUUGAUACUGCAGUGAAAGACAUUUGCAGUACUGAAAAGGAAGCUAAAGGGGAUAUCUCAGAAUAUAUCAAGGGCUUGCCAUCUGAAUACAAUGUAGAACAAACUAUGGAUCGCUAUGGGUCUCAUGAUCAGUGAGAGUUAUUUUAUUUGUAUUUGUAUUUUUUAUUUUUUUCUCCACACAAAGCACACAUGUUGAUUUUAUUUGAGGGAAAGUCUUUUGAGUAACAAAUUAAGCAUUGACAAAUGAAGUAAUUGAUAUUAAUACUGUGGUGAUUACUUAUUGGUGUAAAUUUAUGUUUUAUAGUAGUUGUACUUUUUUCCCGGGUGAUAAUGUGAUGUGGUUUGUAGUGGUCAGAUGGUGGACCUUGAAAUGUGCCUCAAACUUCAACUUUCAGUAUUUCCAUUGUGUACUACUUAGACGGUCUUCAGAUAUUGAUGUUUCACCAAAAAUUGAAGACAAUCGUCAAGGCUGCUUACUCUCAUUCCAUCUGUAGCACAACCAGUUUUAUCAAAAUUUGUAGUAUACCUACACGACAAAUGUCUUAACUUUCUGGAUAAAGACGUUGAAGGUAAAUAAGAAUGGAAUGAAGGUGUGGUUUUCAACCUUUGGUAAGUUAGUAAUGAAAGUGCCACAGUGUAUGCUAAUAACAUCCCAUAAACACUGAUCCCAGAUAAAUCUCUGUAUGUAUGUAUACCGAUGGCUGCUUUAGUUAUUAAAGACCUGGGAACUGCCAUAUGUACUGCUGUCCCCUUACUUAUAGACUCAUAAAAACUUGUAUCAAUUAUAAUAUCUUCCAUAUAAUUCAUGUCUCAUUCACAGAUAUCUGCACAGCCUCUGUAUAACUAGAUUUUUUUCCUUUUUAUUUAUGAAUGGAUUACCACUAGUGAGCAUGUGUAAGUGGUGUAUCAAGUCAGAAUUCUUCCAUUUAUAUAAAUAUACGUAUAUAUCUACAAUGUCUUGAUAUUCACAGUUCCCAACAACUUUAGAAGAUCUGUGAGCUCAUAAAAUUGAGUCAGAAUGGUUUUUUAUUUCUGGACUACUAUAAUAAUGCUAUUUUAGGUUCCUCCAUCUGGUGUUUAUAAGGUGUUAUAAUUAGUUUGCCUUGGUUCAUUUGUGCAUUAUUUUAACAAACAUUAUGUAAGAAACUUUACACAUCAUUCCAAAAUGCACAUUUACUUGUGUUAUACCGGGAAAGGAACUUCAGAAAAUACAGCAUGAGUUCUUAAGAUUAUUGUUCAUGUAGCUGCAUUUUUGCAGAUUUCAUCAUGUUCAGAUUUUCCUGAACAAGCCUUUAGCCUAACAUCCUCUUCAUAACCUGUAAUUACAAUUAUUUCUUUCUUUCUCUCAUGGGACAUGAUUAAUUUUUAUCUCACCCACUGUGUAUGUUUACCCUUGAGGAAGCUCUUUCAUUUGUAGUUUUAUAUUUUUGUUUAAAAAAAGAACUUAUUUCACUAAGCACCUCUUGUAAAUACUCAGUUUUAGUUAAAUACAUUAACUUAUCAAAAUAUUGUACCUAUACUAGGGUUUAUUGUGCAACAGAUGAUUAGUCAAUAAACAUUAGAUAAAAG